UCGUCGUGCUUGCUUGCUAGCUAGCUCCAUCGCUGCGAUCGAACGUGCGGGCGCGCGUACCAUGGGAAAUGGCGUGCUGCGGUGGCUCUGCGUCGUCCCCGGACGGACGCGGCGGCGGCGGCACGCGGCGAGGCUGGUGCUGUGGGGCGGGGAGACGCGGGCGGCCGAGCCCGGGAGCGCGGCCGGGGAGGUCAUGGUGGAGCACGGCGCCGGUGGGCGUGUGGUCUGCCGGGCAGACGGGUUCCGCAUCGGCCGCCCCGCGCCUGUGCUCGCCGUCGAGGACCGGCUCGAGGCCGGCCGCACGUACCUCGUCGUCCCCGUGGACCGGCUCCCUGCUCAGGGCCAGGGCGCGGUCACCGCGGCGUCGCUCGCGGCGCUCUCCUACGACAGCCACAACGGCCGCGCUGGCGGCGCCCCGUCGUCGGCGCCGUCGUUGGCCGGGGGCGGGAGGAGCCCGUUCGAGUACGUCAAGGAUGGCGACGGCCGGACGGUGAUCAGCGUCACGGAGGAGUUCAUCGUGAAGACGGUCACACGGAGGCGGCCGCCCGCUGGCGCCUCUGGUGGUCGUGGUGAUGAGGAGGAGAACGGGUCGCCGAUCUGCAGCACGCCGGAGCUGAGGAAGCACUACGAGCUGCUGGUGGGGGCGGCGAGGGGGAGGCCGUGGUCGCCGCGGCUGGAGACGAUCGAGGAGCGGAAGGCGCGGAGGGGGAUGGACGUCGUGAUCAGCCCCCGGCGGCUGUCGCCGGCGAAGCUGCUGGGGUUGGUCAAAGGAUCCAAUGAGCUAGCGAGGUAGGACGCCGGGCCUUGCGCACGCAUUAUGCAUGCAUGCAAAUUACAGACCCCUACAUCCUGCAAGACCAACAAUGACCGUGCACGUGAAUAUCAUUUCUCAACAAUGACCUUCGAUGUAUAUACUGCUAUGCUAUGUGGCUCCAUCUACUGAGUGCACUUGCCUUGGCUGACGCCUCCGAUCUGUACAUUUUGCUUAAUUUCCUUGAGGAUUUUGUACAGUU